AGCAGUGGGCGGGCUCUCGGGUCUGUCAUUCAGCUGUAGCGGGGGAGAGCUCUCACACAACGGUAUACUGAACGCGUCUGUACCGGGUGUAAGGAGUUUCCCAGUUGAAAACUCCCUCUCUGUUUUUAAAGAAGUUACUCGUCGUUUAAAUAAGUUGUCGUUGUUAAAACGGUUCGUGUUUCACUUGUGAGAAGACUGUCGUGAUGUAUGGGUUAGCAAGCUACCGUUAGCCGCUAAACUAGCAUCUACGGUCCGUGUGGAAAGAAGCGGACUUCCAGCUCACUUUAUCAGCUGUGUUUGGCUCAUAAACUUUGAAUUAAACAUGGAGGAAAACAGUGGCCUCAUGAGGCACUUUCGAUAUCUCCAGGACCCGCACCUUGUCGCCCGCUUCCAGCACAUGUGUGGAGUACGUGGGACCUUUUCUAGAAGCGCCUCUGCCGCCAACAGUAGCGGCAUCAGCAAGCGAGAGGAGCGGGCUCGCUCGCACAACAACGGGGCAUGUCAGCAUCGCGUCAACGGGGGAGAUGGGAGUGAAAAGUUGGCGGAUUUCGGAGCUGGUGACGGCGGGGUGGUGAAAAUGAGAGCAGACGGGGUUCGGAAGAGGAUAGACCUGGAAAACCGCGCGGGCGAUUGUGAAAAUGCUCCCCAGAACGGGUCAGUGCUGUCCGGAGCGUCCGCCGGGAGAGACGCGGCUGGUGUGGCCAGCAACAGUCGCACCCUCUCUGGGGCUCCUGCCGCGGGUGCCGGCGUCGUCAGCAGCAGCAGUCGUGCAGCCGGGCCGCUUCUCACGGGGGAAACAAAGGCAGAGGAGACGGGGAACGGCGGGGAAGACUUCCCGGCUUCCUCACAGAGCAGCGCGGUGAAGCCGCUCCGUAGAAACUCUCUUACAGGCGACGCCGGGAUGGAGUUCCUGAUCGAGAACCGGUUCCUUUACUACCUGUUCACCUUCGGAACCGAGCUGGGCAACGAGCUCUUCUACAUCAUCUUCUUCCCCUUCGUCAUGUGGAACCUGGACGCCCUCGUGGGCCGGAGGCUGAUCAUCGUGUGGGUGUGGGUCAUGUAUCUGGGACAGUGCACCAAGGACGUGAUCGGCUGGCCGCGGCCCGCUUCACCGCCGGUGGUCAAAGUUGAGAUGUUCUACAACUCGGAGUACAGCAUGCCGUCCACACACGCCAUGUCCGGCACGGCCAUCCCCUUCUCCCUGUUCCUCAUCACCUAUGGACGAUGGGAGUAUCCGUUCGCGCUGGGCUUCAUAGUGGCUCUCUGCUGGUGUCUGCUGGUCUGCGUCAGUCGAAUCUACCUGGGAAUGCACUCGGUCCUGGACGUCAUUGCCGGUUUCCUGUACAGCGUCCUCAUCCUGCUCUUCUUCCUGCCGGCCUUGGCCCCGAUCGACGACUUUAACCUGACGUGCCGCUUCGCGCCGCUCAUCAUCAUCUCGCUGCACCUGGGCCUCGGCCUCUUCUCCUUCACGCUGGACACCUGGAGCACGUCGCGAGGCGACACCGCUCAGAUCCUGGGCACGGGCGCCGGCGUGGCGCUGGCCUCGCACAUCAACCACUACCUGGACCUGCUGCCCGACCCCGCGCCCGAGCAGCUGCCGCUCACCUUCCCCGCCCUCGGCGUGGGUCUGGUAGCGGCGGCCGCGCUGCGUAUCGCCGUGGGCGUCCCCGUGCUGGUGGCCACACGGGCGCUGAUGAAAGCCGUGACCAUCCCGCUGGUGUGCCGCGUGUGCGGCGUUCCCAGCGACGACGUGAGGAAGGCGAGGCAGCACAUGGAGGUGGAGCUGCCGUACCGAUACAUCGUCUACGGCACCGUGGGCUUCAACGUGCUCUUCCUGGUCCCGCUGAUCUUCAGCUACCUGCAGCUGUCCUGACCGGAGGACGCUGAAGUGAGUCCGUUCACCUGCUGCUGCAGAGUUUCAUCCAAAACCACUUCCCGACGCCAGUUUCAGUCGGUCUGACGCCACAGAAUCUGGAUCCUCUUUGUUCGUUCAGUUCAAAAAAGAAAAACAUUAGCGACGUGAGCAGAUAAAAUGGGAGCAGCUUCCGUCAGUCACUUCCUGUUGAAGAGGAAGUCUUUUCAAAUGUAGCUUUGACUGUUUGUGCCUGUGACGGAGCUAUCGCUCUGUUCUCUUCUCUUAUACCUGAUCUCCUCCUCCUCCUCCUCCUCCUCCUCCUCCACCAGCAGCACAAAUUAUUCUCAAAAGCAAACAAACUUCUUCAUUUGUGGCCUCGGGGAAAAACUAAAAGAGAAAACGCCACAGCUUUGCUACUGAUCGACGACCUGUGUCUGAGUUUCUGUUGUUUGUUUUUAUUUGUGUUGUUGUUGUUGUUGUUGUUAUUGUUGUUAAGAGCAAAGACAAAGAACCACAGAGAUCACGAUUGUACUUUCCGUGUCUGAUCAUCACAGAUCCACGCUGCAGAAACAGCUCUCGUCUUCUUGAAAUGGAUUUAAAUUUUGAAAGAAAAAGAAUCACUGGUGUUAGCAGAUGUCGCUUCACUGAAGGCGUUUUUGUUUUAAGCCCCGCCUCUAGCAUGCCAGGGGUUUCUGAUUAGUUGUCUUUUAUUUUUUGGAUUCUGAAGUUGGGCCGGACGUGUCUGCAGAGCUUUUCAUCGCCGAGUAUUUUCUCCAUUAAUCGCGAUCUUGUUUUGAAAUGAUCUUUCAAAAUGUCUUGUUUUUAUCCACAAACUAAAAAUGUUUUUUGGAGCAAAGAAACCAGAAAAAAACGGAUACGGAAAUGCGAAGCUACUCUUCGUAGACACGUGAACGCAACGUAGCGCGAACGUAACGUAAUGUAACGUGAAGUACGCAACACCUGAAGAAUAUAUCGUAAAGUACAACGUAAACAUAACGUCAACGCGAUGUGAAUGCGACGUGAAGUACGUAACGUGAACAUAGCGUAAUGUAACGUGAAGUACGCAACACCUGAAGAAUAUAUCGUGAAGUACAAUGUAAACGCAAAGUCAACGCGAUGUGAAUGCGACGUGAAGUACGUAACGUGAACAUAGCGUGAAUGUAAAAUGCGACUCAGUCGUAACUUGUUGUGAAUGUGCUCGACGUCAGUGAUUAAUCUGGUGAUUUUUAAAUCCUCGUCUUUGUGUUUUUGCAGCGAGAGAAAACUUUGUGCUUCUUUGUCUUUGUUUCACUUCUCACAGCAAUAAGAUUCCUGUGGUUUUAUCAGACUUCCUGUUUCUUCUUCUUCUUUGAUCGCACGUGUACAGUGUUGUGUUGUUGUUGUGUUCUUAAAGGGCUCCUCCCACUCUCUGAGAUGGAUUGCUUUUCCUGAAGCGAUGACGAGGCACAUACGAGCUCCACGACCAGGACGCCGCACUUUUCCUCUGUUUGUUUGUUGUUAUGAAUCUGAUGACACUGAAGAAGAAUUGUACUUCCUGUUUGAUGACGAUGAGUGUUCAUGUGUUCAUGUGUGGGGACGAUGACAGGAUGAAGACGACGCAGCUCAGGUUGUGAUUGAAAUAGUUGGUGUUUGAGGUGAAGAUUAUCAUUUCAUUUCAAAAAAGGAUGAUUUUUGUUGUUAAAUGGACGAGUGAAUUCAGUUUUUUCGUUUUAUUUUCCUCCAGAACUUUGUCUCACGACGGAAGAAGGACAGUCUCUUCCUCUCGUCCUCUGUCUCCUCCUGCCAUUCCUGGUCUCCUCAUCACGUCUGUGGUCUCCUGCUUUCAUCCUCUGUGUCCUCCUCUCAUUCUACGUCUCCUCCCGUCAUCCUCUGUCUCCUCAUGUCGCUAUCGGUCUCCCCUUGUUUGUCUUCUUUUCCUCUCAUCCUCUGUUUCUAUCUCUCGUUCCUUGGUCUCCUUGUCAUGCCUUUGGUCUCCUCCUCUCGUCCUCAGUUUCCUCCUGUCCUCGUCCUCCAUGCUGCAGCUGAGUCACUGUCGUCGUCUGUGAGUUCAAACCAAAAGCGACUUUUACUUUUGAAGACUUUUUCUUUCUUUCUUUUGUUUUUUCUCUCUUUGUUUUCAAACGGUAACCUGGAGAAUUCAAAACAUGGGUUUGUUUUAAACGACUCGUGUUUGACCGUGACGUCACGUUAAAGCUGAAAUGACUGAAUGAACCACACAAACAAAUGUUUUCCAUGUCUGAUCGUUCAGACACACUGUCACACACAGACUUUCAACAAAACAUACAAUGUAUGUAUAUGUAUACAUAUAUAUAAAUAUGUAUGUAUAUAUACAUAUUUUUAUAUAUGUAUAUAUACAUAUACAUAUAUAUGUACUGUACAUAUAGAUAUGUACACACCUUGUGCCUGAGACUAUAUGAAAAAACACUGAUGAACUCCGUAUAAAAAGACAAACAAACAAAAAUAGAAUUUUCCUUUAGAUUAACUUCCUGUUACACUAACAUGAACAGUAGGGGGCAGUAGCCUCACACACAGCACUGUCGACGGUGGAACUGAGAUCACAGUUUGAUUUUAUUUUUAACGUCGCGAUCUAACGUAUUUUUUACAAAAUGUGAAUUCCGUUCUGCGGUGCUGCCCCCAAGUGGAAUACUCCAGUAACACAUGUGGUCAUGUUUGCAACAGGAAGUGGAUCUCAGUAAACAUUUUUUAGAGCAAAUUUUUAUAUAAGAAAGAAAGAAAAUAUUUUUACGACUUUCACUCUUGAGCGGGAUUUUGGUUUUUUUGUUUUCUUUUCUUUUCAUUUCCUUCUCGUCACGUGUUUCUCAGAGUGGUUUGCAGUGCCUUGCUCCAGGGCACGUGGACGUCAGUUUUUAAUGAUGCGUUGAUUUGCUGCUGUCGCCCCCUGCUGGUGAAGAUGAUUUUGCCUGUUUGAGCAUCAGCAUCAGGAAGUUUGAUGUUUGGUACUGUCUGAGUGUGUGUGUGUGUAUAUAUACAUAUAUGUAUAGAUGUGUGUGUAUACUGUUCCCAGAAUGCACUGCUUCCCCACUCAGUGUCAUGAGCUGAACCACGUCCUGAAAGUUUAUUUAAAAAACAUAAGUAUAAAAAAAAGGAUUAAAGGAAACUGAAGCAGAAGAUGUUCAUAUUUUAACAGACAGAUUUGUUUUGUGUUUAAAUUUUUUUUUUUUUGUAGCAGUUAAAGUUUAAUUUUACUGACAUUUGUGGUUAAAAUUGAUCAGGAAUUUGAGGUUUUUUGAGCUCCUGACGCCAAAAAGGCUCAUAUUUAUUUUUCCUUGUCUUAAAUUGUGGAAAAAUGGAAAAUUGGGAAAAGUCGCACGACUCAACCUCUUUUAAUAAAUUCUCUGAAUUUGAAAUGAAACUCGGACACAGCGGCGUCACAUGUCACUUCUUCUUCUUUUGUCACUUUCACUUCCUGUGGCCUCGCGCAUUGUCCCGUGUUUUUGUUGCGUUAUUAUUUUUGUUUUGAAAUCACUGUGUUUCUGUUCGUUUGUUUAUUUCCACAAUGAAAAGUUCAACUUUUGUAAAAAUGAUAGGAAUUUAUCAGGAAAAGUUUCGUUUUCCUGCAGACGGACGCAGAGUUGUGGAAAUGAGUUGAAUUAAAUGAGAUUAACAGAUGAGAUUAGACCAAACGUCUGUGAUGAUGAGGUGAAUUGUUUAUGUGUUCUUCUGUGGUCAUUGAAUUAAUCUGGUUAGUUUAUUUAAUUUAAAGCAGGAUGUUUGUAAUCUGAUGCAGAAAUACACUUUUUAAACACUUUAAAAAUUUCACUCCAUCAUAAUUUAGCCUAAAUCACAAAAUGUGUUGAAGCGUAUCCUUAAAUUAUACAUUUUUAUUUUUUUUAAUUUUUUUUACAAUUUUUAGAAACAUUUAUUUUGUUAGAUUCAUAAUCUGUAAUUAUAUUCCCCUAUUUUUAAAUCAAAACCUCAAUUUUGUCUCUGUCGUUAUUCGAUCAGUUCUGAAAUGUGUUUAACAUUCCUAAGAUUUUACAUUUUUAUUUAUAUUUUUUUAUUUGAUUUAAAUCUAUCAUAAUCUGGAAUUAUAUCUCAGAAUUGUAUUCUUUAAAUUCUAAAUCCCAAUUUUCCCAAUUGUUAUUUGAUUCAUUCCAAAUUUUCUGAAAAGCAUUCCUGAAAUUUUACAAUCCCAUAUUUUGAAAUAAUCUGGUAUUAUAAUCCAGAAUUCUAUUUUAAAUUCCAAAGUUUUAUUUGUCAAGAUACCAAUUUUUUUUUACAUUGUCACAUUUAAUAAAUUCCAAAAUUUGUGAAAAAUAUUCCUGGAUAUUUUUCAUUUUUUUGUUGUUUCAUUUUUUUGUUUUUUGUUUUUCAUUUAAUUCAAAACUCGGUCAUAAUCUCACAUUUUUAUCCUCUAAUCCCUUCAUCAAAUCCUGAAAUCAUAAACUGUAUUUAUCAAAAACGUAUGUUUAUACUGUCAUAAUCUCAAAACGUGCGUUUGGUGAAAAUUUUGAGAAAUGUUCCAAUUUUAUAAAUUUAAAAUCACAGUUUUCUUCAACGUUAACUGAAGCUUCUGUCGUGAUCGUUCUCCAGAAAAAAAAAUGUUCUCAUAAAUUCUCAUAAUUAUAUAUAAAUAUUUCAUAUAUAACCACAAUCAGGGAGGUUCUUUGUAAAUUCUUAAAUUCUUUAUGAUAAAGUAGUUGAGAUUUUCAGCUCAUGUGCUACCCCCGGUGGCCGUGGUGGUAUUUCUGCUCAACGUUUUUUUCUUUUAAUUACUAUUGUUAUUUUUUAAUUAAAUCUCAGAGAAAACAUUUUUUUGUUUUUCUGACUUUGACCAAAUAUUGCGUGUGUUAGCGACGUAGCCGUUAGCCUGACUCUUCAGUGCCUUCAUCGUUGUUCAGGAACAUGAAUAUUUUAAAUCUCGAUGUUGUUGUUGUUUCUCUCUCUCUCAUUUGUCGCGUUGCCUUUUGCACUCUGCAGCUGCGACAUAAAUAAAUCAUUUUCCCUGCGUCGAGGGAACUUGUAGAUAAAGUUUUUAAUAAAGUUUUUUCCCUGGUUUAUAACUGAGUCACUGUAGCUAAAGACUUGAGUCUUUGUUUGUGUCGAAUGAAGUCAAAGUGUUGGAUUUUAAUCUUCAUACGUUCAUAGUUGUUCACUGACUUUGAUUUAAAAAAAA